CUCUAAUCCACUGCUCUCUCGGCGUGCUUCCUCCACCGAUACCCCCAUCGUCGAGGAUGUCAUUAGCACUCCUCGCCUCAAAAACGAGCCUCGGUCUGCUCACCUUCUUCGGCUCCGUCGCCUUCUCUCGCGCUCGGCCGUCCGCCCGCCAUGCUCGGUAUAAGCAGCACCGAAGAAGCCCAGUUGACGAAUGAAGCAGUACUCAGCCCUGCACAUGAAAACGAAGUAGGCUGUUUUGGUUCCUGCAGCACGUGCUGAUACCCGUGAGAAGAGCUGGGUGACGGCGCGAGCUGGGCUGAGGAGGGGAGAGCGGAACAGCGUCGGUGCUUCUCCUUCCGAGGUUUCCAUUGGAGUUGCACCAGAUGAUGAGAAUAACCACGAGCCGGGAGUGCUGCUGCUGCGGGAUUACAUAUAGCCAGAGAGAGAGAGAGAGAGAGGUGGUCCCCAUGGCAAGGUGACUAGUCUCCCGAGAGAGCCGAAUCAAAUUUCGCCACGAAUCUUAAGGCAUAACGCUGAGCACGAAUAUUGUAGCAUGACGAAUCACCAAGCGUGACGGCAGUUUGCGUCACGGAGUUCUGCGUCUCAUCCGCCCCUCCGAUUAAAGAGUCGGCCGAGACGCCCGUGCGGGCUGAAAGAUGAGGCUGGCAAAGAACCCGUCGUUGACGACUCUCCGCUGCCGCCCCUCCCAUGCCCGUCUUGCAUCUGCUGCCGCCUCGACCGACAGCCAUGGUAGCGACGGCGAGCACCUCCGCUCCGGGAAGGCCUCCCUCCGCAGCUGUAACGACACACUCCGUUCGCUCCUCCGCUCCGCCGUCCGCCGCCACCACGCCGAAGCCCUGUCCGUCCUUCGCGGCAUGCUCGCCCCUGACUCCACCUGCCGACCGGACUCCAACACCUGCGCGAUCGUGUUCUCCAGCUGGUCGAAGCAGAGCCUGCCCCUGGACAACGAGGCCCUCGGCCUCCUCGUCCAGAUGGCCAAUAUGGGAUUCUUCCCGACGGACGCCUUCCAUUUCACCCAGCUCGUCAGCAGGCUCUGCCGCUCCGGCGCCACCUCCGCGGCCUGGGAUUUCCUUCACGCGGUUAAGGAUGCCGGCGGCGCCGUCGAGACCCCGGCGUGCAACGCCCUCUUGACCGGUCUUGCCGCAGCACGAGACUUUGCAAGGAUGAACUUUUUGUUCUCGGAGAUGAAGGGAAUGGGCGUCCGACCCAGUGUGGUCACCUUUGGCAUACUCAUCAAUCAUCUUUGCAAAUCCCGCCGCCUGGAUGAGGCGAUGAAGGUGUUCGACGUAAUGACGAGCCCAGAGUCGGGAGUCAGCCCCGACACAGUCACUUUCAACACGCUCAUUGACGGGUUCUGCAAGGUCGGGAGGCUUCACGACGGGUUAUCCUUGCUCAAUACAAUGAGAUCGAGCUACGAUUGCAAGCCGGACACCGUAACAUACAAUAGCCUGAUCGAUGGGUUCUGUAAGUCAGCGGAGAUCGAUAUGGCUCACGAAUUGUUCGUCAGGAUGGAAAAAGAAGGGAUACCUCCAAAUGUGAUCACACUCAACACGCUUGUCUGUGGAAUGUGUAGGCAUGGAAGGAUCGGUAGCGCCCAUGAUUUCUUUCGGAGGAAACAGGUGGAGUGGCCACAAGUCAAAGCCAAUGUUGUAACCUAUAGCACUCUGGUGGGAGCAUUCCUGCAUUCGAAUAAUGUGGGCAAGGCAAUGGACUUGGUCGAUGAAAUGCAUAGGGAAGGGCAUUCUCCCGAUUCUGUGACAUACUUCACUCUGAUCUCUGGGUUGACACAGGUGGGCAGAUUGGACGAUGCUUGUUCGGUUGCGUCUUCCAUGAGGGAGAAUGGCUUUCGAUUAGAUACAAAGAGCUAUAACACUUUGAUCAGUGGAUUCUGCAAGAAGAAGAGGUUGGAUGAGGCAGGUGAGGUGCUCCGUGAGAUGUGUGAGGCUGGGCUCAAACCUGAUGCCUUCACUUACAAUACUUUGAUUGCUGCUUCGUGCAAGGCUGGGGAUUUCGCCACAGUGAAUCAGUUGCUGAACAAAAUGGUGGAUGAUGGUUGCAAGCUUUCUGUGGUCACAUAUGGAGCUCUGAUCAAUGGUUACUGCAAAGCCAGUGAGCUGGACCAGGCCAUGAAGACCUUUGAGAACAUGGGUGCUUCGAUGGUGCCAGCCAACACAGUCAUUUACAACAUUCUUAUCGAUUCUCUCUGCAAGAAUAAGAAAGUUGACAUCGCGGUAUCCCUCGUCGAGGAGAUGCAGGUGAAGGGUGUCCCUCCAAGUGUGACCACAUACAAUGCCAUAUUCAAGGGGCUCCGAGAUCGCCAUAUGUCCGACAAAGCCUUUAAGCUUAUGGAUCGAAUGAGCGAACAGGGAUGUAAACCUGACUGCGUUACGAUGGAUAUUCUUACGGAGUGGUUGACGGCAAUUGGUGAAAUGGAGAGACUGAAACGCUUCGUGCAACGAAUGACACCUCAGGAUAAGUCUACAACUUGCGACAUGUAUUGAUCUUGCAUGCACCAAGAAGAAGGUGAAAGAUAGAAGCCAAGCAUCAACAGAGAGUGGAUUAUUUAUGAGACCGACACAACUAAGGAGCUAAUGGAACUGGAGGUCGACGGAGAGUGGCAUCUUGGGUUCCAUCUUACACUAAUGUGCAAGGUAGAGGCAAACUAUCAUACACUGAUUAGUCUUACAUUUGAAGUAGUCAUGGCCUCAAUUAGUAAUAUAUAUGUAGCUACCUCACCUACAAAAAUUUGUGUCUGAGUAGUUGGGAAAGCUUUGCCGGUGUACUUUUCUAACUUGAAUCUUGACAAAUAUGGGAUUGAGCUAAUAAUUAUUUUGAUUGAUGGAAA